UACCCUCGUACAGAAGAUCCCCAUUGUCGGAGAAUUGAAAGGGAUUGUUUGUAUUCUGUGAAUACCAACUCGCGAAGAUCGGCGGAGUAUCCCUUGUAUAUAUACGGGCAAACCGACGAAGCCCAUAUCGCCCGCCAUCAUGGCAGAUCUGGAAGAAAAGAAAGCAAGGCGCGACUCCUCCGACGAACGCGCUGAGGACAUCGGACCAGAUGUUCCUCGAACCCCCCGAAACGCCAGCGUUACCGUCUCCGGCAGGCGGGUGAGCCUCGCCGACCGCGUGCAGAGCAAUGUCAACGCGAAGCUCCAAAAUCCGCUCGAAGCGUACUCGGAUGUCGAGCUGACGACCAUGGGCCGAGAAUAUGCGUUGGCCAACGCCAUCGCCGAGCCGGAGGACGUGAGAGCGUUUGAGCUCGGUGCGAUCCUCGCGAAGGAUGCGGCGAUGUUUGAGAACAUCGCAGGCAAGGCCACGGAGGAGGAGCUGGAUGUGUUGCGUCGUGAGUACUCGCAUCGAUGGAGCCAGCCUAAGUUGCUGUAUUUGGUGAUCGUCCUUUGCUCGACAUGUGCGGCUGUACAAGGAAUGGACGAGACGGUCAUCAACGGAGCACAGCUAUUCUACGGCGCUCAGUUUGGUAUCGGCGGCACUGCGCCUCGGGAUACAUGGCUCCUGGGUGUAGUUCACGCCGCUCCGUAUAUCUGCGCCUCAUUUAUCGGCUGCUGGCUCACCGCGCCGCUCAACAACCUGUUCGGUCGACGCGGAACGAUCUUCAUUACCUGCUUUUUCUCCGCCGUCGCUUGUUUCUGGCAGGGAUUCACCAACUGCUGGUGGCAUAUGUUCGUGGCUCGUUUUGCCCUCGGUUUUGGAAUCGGACCCAAGUCGUCCACCACGCCAAUCUUCGCUGCGGAAACCACCCCGCCCGCGAUCCGUGGCGCCCUGGUCAUGCAAUGGCAGAUGUGGACUGCCUUCGGUAUCAUGGUGGGCUACAUCGCCGAUCUCGCCCUGUAUUAUGUCCCCGAUACUCCUGGCGUUCACGGCCUCAAUUGGCGAUUGAUGAUGGGUUCUGCCAUGCUCCCCGCCGUCGUCGUAUGUUGCUUCGUCUUCCUGGCUCCCGAGUCGCCUCGCUGGUAUAUGAGCAAGAACCGACAUCAUGCUGCAUAUGGUAGCAUGGUACGACUGCGAUAUAACCGGAUCCAGGCGGCCCGAGACACUUUCUAUAUGGCGAAGCUGCUUGAGGUGGAGAAGGAGAUCCAGACUGGCAGUUGGGCUAUUUUGGAACUGAUCAAAGUUCCUCGAAACCGACGCGCCAUGCUCGGAUCCGAGAUCGUCAUGUUCAUGCAACAGUUCUGCGGUGUCAAUAUCAUCGCGUAUUAUUCGUCCUCUGUAUUCUUGGACGCCAACCUGUCUGAGGUUAGCUCCUUAGCGGCAUCGCUAGGGUUCGGCAUCAUCAACUGGCUUUUCGCCAUCCCAGCUAUUUACACCAUCGACACAUUUGGUCGGAGGAAUUUGCUGUUGACAACCUUCCCCCUCAUGGCCAUAUUCCUGCUCUUCACGGGCUUCUCCUUCUGGAUCCCCGAAGGCACUGGACGGAUUGCUUGUGUGGCACUCGGGAUCUAUCUGUUUGGCAUGGUAUACAGUCCGGGUGAAGGUCCAGUCCCUUUCACCUACAGUGCCGAAGCGUAUCCUUUGUACGUGCGCGCGGUUGGGAUGUCACUGGCUACUGCGACCACCUGGUUUUUCAACGCGGUGCUCGCCGUGACCUGGCCGUCCAUGUUGCAAGCGUUCAAGCCCCAGGGAGCAUUCGGUUGGUACGCGGCCUGGAACAUGAUUGGCUUUGGUCUGGUCCUCCUGUUCAUGCCUGAGACGAAGGGCAAGACACUCGAAGAGUUGGAUCAGGUGUUCAGCGUGCCGACGCACGUGCACGCGGCCUACGGGAUCCGGCAGCUGAAAUACAUCUUCCGCAGGUUCGUCUUGUUCCAGAAGGUGGAGCCGGAACGGUUGUAUGAGCGGGAGACAUAUGAGGGCCAGGAUGUAGAGGCAUGAAGGAACGUUGCUGAACUCGAGGUGGAAGGUUGAGAGACUUGCUAUAGCGAGGGGAUGACUUGAUAUAACUGCAAAUACUUAAUCAUAUAUGAUAGAAGAUGCCAGAUGGAUAAAGGGACUUGGUAGACUCAGCGUGGAAUAGCGAAGAGACUUGAUGCAGAGGUAAAUUUCUAUACGAAGACGGUGCUUUACGGUAGAUUCGAGUAUACGGUAGAUACACGGUAGAUA